AUGCGUGGGUUUUCUCCGGGCACUCCGGUUAUCUCUAACAUCCCAAAAUCGUGCAUUCAUUGGGGAAAUUCCCCUUGGAGUGAUUGUGAGUGUGACUGUCUCUAUGUGCCCUGCGAUUGCCUGCCAACCAGUUCAGAAUGUACCCCGCCGCCUGUCCAAUGACAGCUGGGAUUGGCUCCAGCUCCCCCGCGACUCUCGUGAGGAUAAGCGACUCAGAAAAUGGAUGAUUGGUUGGCUUGACACAUUCAAUAUGGCGGACACAUUUAAGUAUCAUAGCCCACACCUGUAGACGGAGCACUGUCAGCGUUGAAGCAGGAAAAAAAUCUGGUCGGACUGCAACAACUAUCCAUCCAUCCACUUUCUUCACUGCUUAUCCUCACGAGGGUUGCGGGGUGUGCUGGAGGCUAUCAGGACGGGCAGGAGGCGGGGUACACCCUGAACUGGUUGCCAGCCAAUCGCAGGGCACAUUGAGACAAACAGCCGCACUCACAUUCACAGCUAGCGGCAAUUUCGAGUGUCCAAUUAAUGUUCCAUGUUUUUGGAAAGUGGGAGGAAACCGGAUUACCCGGAGGAAACCCACGCAGACACGGGGAGAACAUGCAAACUUCACACAAGCGUGUCAGGGAUUGAACCGGGACAUCAGAACUGUGAAGCCAACGCUUUACAAGCUGCUCACCGUGCCGCCGUGCAACAACUAGAGAGCAUAUUUUUUUGUCAGAAAGUCAAAUGUAAACAUAAACCAUUAAUAAUUUUGGUGAAGCUAAGAAAGAGCUAAUGCAUUCUAUUUUGAAAGAUGGAAAAGGAAGCUUGACAGCUUGUUCCUGCAACAGCUGGUUUUGCAGAAUGGAGUGCCUACGUCAAACAUUGUGACGUUUAGAAGUUGUUUUUGCGUGUUGGACUGUCUGUGAGCUGUUCUGCUGCCUUUAAAAGGAGCACCAUGUCCAUGUGGAUCCAAGCCCAGCAGCUGCAGGGUGAUGCUUUACAUCAGAUGCAGGCACUGUAUGGCCAGCACUUUCCUAUUGAGGUGCGGCACUACUUGGCCCAGUGGAUUGAGAGCCAAUUAUGGGAUUCAGUGGAGUUGGGCAACCCAGCAGAAGAAGCCAAAGCCAAGCAUCUUCUAGAUAACCUGGUGGCAGAGCUUCAGAAGAAAGCCCAGGUUCAGGGGGGAGAGGAUGGCUUUCUUCUUAAGAUCAAGCUGGGACACUAUGCAAACCAGCUAAAGAGCACAUAUGACCGCUGUCCUUUGGAGCUAGUGCGCUGCAUCAAACACAUCCUGUGUUCCGAACAGCGACUGGUUCAAGAAGCUUCAAAUGCAAAUUGUAUAAGUGGGGGGCAGGCCAUAGACAGUCUCUCCCAGCGCCAUCAGCAGAUCAAUCAGGCCUUCGAGGAACUCCGAUUAGCCACACAGGAGACUGAGAAUGAACUGAGAAAGUUGCAACACAGCCAAGAGUACUUCAUCAUCCAGUACCAAGAGAACCUGCGCCUUCAGGCCCAGCUGAGCAGUCUGAACUCCCUGCCUCCAACUGAACGCACCCAACGGGAAACCACGCUGCAAAGCAAGAGGGCCACUGUGGAGGCCUGGCUCGCCAGAGAGGCCAGCACAUUACAGAAAUACAGGCUUGACCUGUCAGAACAACAUCAAAAGACCCUGGCCCUUCUGAGGAAACAGCAAACUUUGAUUCUUGAUGAGGAGCUCAUUCAGUGGAAGAGGAGGCAGCAGUUAGCUGGCAACGGAGGUCCUCAUGAGGGAGGACUAGAUAUUCUCCAGUCCUGGUGUGAAAAGCUGGCUGAUCUGAUCUGGACAAAUCGGCAGCAGAUUCGACGCUGUGAGCAUCUUACUCAACAGCUUCCUCUUCCAGGUCCCAUGGAAGAUCUACUGAACAAACUCAAUACGGACAUAACUGAUAUCAUCUCAGCCUUGGUCACGAGCACCUUCAUCAUUGAAAAGCAACCACCCCAAGUGUUACGAACCCACACCAAGUUUGCAGCAACAGUGCGACUUCUGGUGGGAGGAAAGCUCAAUGUCCACAUGAAUCCACCUCAAGUAAAGGCUGUGAUUGUUAGUGAGCAACAGGCCAAAGCUCUACUCAAAAAUGAAAGUACACACAGUGAAAGCAGUGGUGAAAUCCUGAACAACAACUGUGUGAUGGAGUAUCACCAGGCCACAAGCACUCUCAGUGCAAACUUCAGAAAUAUGUCUCUGAAGCGAAUCAAGCGUUCGGACCGUCGAGGUGCAGAGUCUGUGACUGAGGAAAAGUUCACAGUUCUGUUUGAAUCACAGUUCAGCAUUGGAAGCAAUGAGCUGGUCUUCCAUGUUAAAACUUUAUCACUACCUGUAGUAGUGAUCGUCCAUGGUAGUCAGGACAACAAUGCCACAGCAACAGUACUUUGGGACAAUGCCUUCGCCGAACCAGGUCGGGUUCCAUUCAUUGUACCAGACAAGGUACUCUGGACCCAGCUGUGUGAGGCCCUUGAUAUGAAGUACAAGGCUGAGAUGCACAGUGGCCGUGGCCUGUCAGAGAAUAACCUGGUCUUCCUGGCACAGAAAGCUUUCACAAGUACAAGUAACAACCAAGAGGAAUACCGUAACAUGACCAUAUCUUGGGCCCAGUUCAACAGGGAGAGCCUACCAGGACGCAACUUCACCUUUUGGCAGUGGUUCGAUGGAGUCAUGGAACUUAUGAAGAAACAUCUCAAGCCUCACUGGAAUGAUGGGGCAAUCUUGGGUUUUGUUAACAAACAGCAGGCACAAGAUAUGCUUAUGUCCAAACCCAACGGGACAUUUCUCCUCCGAUUCAGUGACUCUGAAAUUGGUGGCAUAACCAUUGCCUGGGUGGCAGAGAAUCCCAACAAAGCAGGUGAAAGGCUGGUAUGGAAUCUGUUGCCUUAUACCUCCAAGGAUUUCUCCAUUCGCUCCUUAGCUGAUCGUAUCAGUGAUCUGAACCAUCUCCUGUUUCUCUAUCCUGACCGACCCAAAGAUGAGGUCUUCGCCAAGUACUACACGCCACCACUUUCAAAAGCAGUGGAUGGCUACGUAAAACCACAGAUCAAACAAGUUGUGCCAGAAUUCACCACCCCAAAUCCUGAACCCAGCGGAACAACUCCCACAUUCAUGGACCAGUCGGCUUCUCCCUCUGUGGUCAACCCCAACACGUUUCCUGUCUACCACGCGAUGGUGUCCGGGCUCUCCCCUAGAGAUAGGGUGAGAAGCUUAGUCAUCUGGGAGGGGCUGUGUGUCGAGCUGCUACUCCUCCGCAUUGAGAGGAGCCUGAAGAGGUGGCUGGAGCAUCUGAUCCGGAUGCCUCCCGGACCCCUCCCUGGGGGGACACCAUGUUAGAUGCAGAGGGGGACUUUGACUUGGAGGACACCAUGGACGUCGCUCGACAUGUGGAAGAGCUACUCCGUCGGCCUUUGGUCAGCCAGUGGAGCAGCCAGCAGUCCUGAAUGGGCCACAUCAUUUCCGCUGCCUCACUCCGUUAAGAUCACAGAAGCAUCUUCAUGUACUGGACUUGUGGAAGAUAACAGUCAGGUAUUUAACAGCCACCCACUUGCCUCUGUAUGUUUGGCAGGAGAGAAAAUCUGACGAUGUGUCGGCGCUAUUCAAGAGCGCCCACGGGUCAGUCUUCUCCCACUCAACAGGUUUCUUCCAGCUGGAGAAUACCAUAGGUGCCUUUAAACGGGCUUUUUCUACACAGCUGAAACAUUGGGCAGGUUAUGAUGUCAGCAUCCCAUUCACGUGUCUAACAGGACUUUAUGUCGAGGACAGUUUAAAGCGUGUGGCUAACAGUUUGACUUAAAGGAUUCAACUUCUGUCAGUAUUUUUGAUCAAAAUCUAGAAAGUACACACUGAUGUAAACAUACUGUAUGUAACUGAAGAGAUGCCAAGGAAGCAAGAUGUCGUCCAUCCUUAAUUUACACACUUGUUCGUAUCCUCAUUCGGGUCACAUCUCGGCCGACUUUUGGCGAGAGGUGUGGUACAGCUUGGAGUGUUUGUCAACCAAUUGCAGGACACAAAUAUUCAUACCUAAAGACUAUUUAGUUUUUAAUCAAAGAAGCAUAUUUUUGGAAUGUUGGAAGAAACCAGAUUUGUCAGCGAAAACUGACACAAGCAUGGGAGAAAACAAGCAAAUUCCACAAAGAAAUGCAGGAGUCCAGAUUUAAAUUGUAAGGCAGAGGUGCUCACCACUCAGGAAAGGGAAUUACCAGUUUUUAUUUUAAAAUAUGACUCAUUCUCACAGAGUAGUACAGAAUUAUAAGUGACAAUACAAUUCUGUAUUUAGAGAAAUGUAAUCUCAUUCAAAGUGUAUUGGGAAUAUUUCAAUUUGUUGUAAUGAGAUCGAGUCACUAUUGAACAAGUACUUUUUUAACUAUAUGUAUAUAAUGCAUUUACAUCCAAAGUACAUUUUACAUAAAAUU